AUGCCUUCACGGCUACAGAGUGAGCUGGAUGCCGCCACCCAAGAGAAGAUCACCGACCUGUUCGACAAUGAGGCCAUCUGGGAAGCGGACGACACGGACGGCUACAUCGUGCAGCUCUUCCAGGAGCUCGAGGCUGCCGGGGCCAGCAUCGUCACGCUCAAGGACCAAGGCUGGAACUCGCUGCUGCACACGGCGUCGCUGUGGAAUCGCCCCAAGAUCAUGGAGGAGCUCGUUCGACGCGGCGCCGCGCUGAACGAGAAGAACAAGAACGGACACACGCCGCUGGAUCUGGCCAUGCACUGGGGCCACUUCGACCUCGGCCAGCAGCUCCAGCACUACGGAGGCAAGCACACGUGCGAGAAGGAGCGCGAUAUCGCCAUCUCCCAGCGAGAUCUGGCGCAACAGCAGCUCAAAGACUGCGAGCUGGAGUACGACCACGCGGUCAAGUCGCUCAAGCAAGCCAAGCAAGAACGAGAGCAGCUACGGAUCGAGCGGGAUCGUCUCGUGGUGCUACGCGCGCAGGUGGUGGAAGACUGCGCGGCGUUGAGCAAGCAGGUGGAGGAGUUCCGGGUUGCAGUCGAGUCGCUCACUAAGGAGCACGAUACGCUGCACAUUCAAGCUUCUCAACUGCAGAACGAGCUGGUGUGCGAGCAGACAGCGAGGAGCAACGCCGCGCAGAGCUGGAGACUGGCCGAAAAGGUGAUCGCCGAGCUGCAGCAGGUGCAGGAAGAGUGUCGGGAGCGAGAGGAGGAAGCUCUUCGCUUACGCAACGAAGCGAUUCAAGACCGAGACGUGGCUCGUGAGCUGGCGAAGGAGGCGCAACUGGACCAAGGCAUCGCCAAGCAGAAUCAACUGGAGGUUGAGCGGGAGCGGGAUCUGGCAGUCGAGCGGUUGCUAGCGGGGGAGGCGGAGAUCGCACACGACAGGGAGAAGUGGCGCAAGCGCAUCGCCAAGACGGAGCUGGAGCGCCGCAACAUUCAGAUCGAGAUCGACCGACAGACGGAGCUGCUGCGCUGUGAGAACGCCAAGCUGGAGAAGACGGUGGCGACCCUCACGGUGGGCAACACCCGACAGCGAGCGGAUCUGGAACGCAAUCAGCUCUCGAUCCUAACGCUUGAGAAGCAAGAGCAGGUGGAGGGUCUGCUGGAAGAACGACGUCAGGAGAAUAAAGCGUGGCGAGCUCAACUGGAGUCCAAACUCAAGCAGGAGAACGCGGACAGCCUCAAAUCUAUGCUGGAAGCGGCUAUUUCAACGUGGAAAUCGCUUCAGAGCUGCCAACAGGGAAUGGCCACGCUCGGUUCAGCUGCUAUUGAGCACCGUCCCGUGUCGCCCUCACGUACGCCAGCUAUCAUGUCGGCUAUCUUUCAACACCAACGCCCGCACUCAAGCACGGCGAGUCUCACCCCCCCUGCCAAUGCCAAGUCCGGGUUCCUGCCGUUUCUGCAGGAAACACCAGCAACGGGGCUCAAGACUUCAACUUCCACUCCACAAACCAUAAACAACCACCGCGAGCACGCGGAAACGGCCCUGCAGGAUCUCAGUAUCACAACAACGUCCGAGCAGAUCGUGCAGCUCUGUUUGUUCGUCCAGACGUUCGUGACGGACCUCGCAACUUACAUCGCGUCGAGUCUGCAGCGUCUCAGGUUCCAAACUCUAGCUCAGGAGAAGAUAAUCGAGCGGAAGGGCGAACUCAUCCAACGGUUCAACCACCACCGACAGGAAGAAACAAAGCGGCAGAACCCUGCUCGAUUCCGGGAGUGUUCGGUGCGCCCAUUGCUUUGA